AAUGUCGCGCAGGUCUUUCCGUCGGACGCCGCGCCACCUCCUAACGCUGCCCUACGAACCUAGAACAGCGCCGCCCCGCCUCCGGUCUCCCUCCUACCCCACCACCCCCUCCCAGUUUAGCGUUUCCUAGCCCGACGCGCCCGCUGUAAUCACGUGAUUGCCUCAUCCGGGUCCUUUGCGUUUUCUCUCCCUCUCCCAACAUGGCGGCCUCAGCAAAAAAGAAGAAUAAGAAGGGGAAGACUAUCUCCCUAACAGACUUUCUGGCUGAGGAUGGAGGAACUGGUGGAGGAAGCACCUAUGUUCCCAAACCAGUCAGCUGGGCUGAUGAAACAGAUGACCUGGAAGGCGAUGUUUCAACCACUUGGCACAGCAAUGAUGACGACGUGUAUAGGGCACCUCCAAUUGACCGUUCCAUCCUGCCCACUGCUCCACGGGCUGCUCGGGAACCCAAUAUUGACCGGAGCCGUCUUCCCAAAUCACCACCCUACACUGCUUUUCUAGGGAACCUGCCCUAUGAUGUGACAGAAGACUCCAUUAAGGAAUUCUUUAGAGGAUUAAAUAUCAGUGCAGUGCGUUUACCACGUGAACCCAGCAAUCCAGAGAGGUUGAAAGGUUUUGGUUAUGCAGAGUUUGAAGACCUGGAUUCCUUGCUCAGUGCCCUGAGCCUCAAUGAAGAGUCUCUAGGUAACAGGAGAAUCCGAGUGGACGUUGCUGAUCAAGCACAGGAUAAAGACAGGGAUGAUCGUUCUUUUGGCCGAGAUAGAAAUCGGGAUUCUGACAAAACAGACACGGACUGGAGAGCCCGUCCUGCCACAGACAGCUUUGAUGACUACCCGCCUAGAAGAGGUGAUGAUAGCUUUGGAGACAAGUAUCGAGAUCGUUAUGAUUCAGACCGGUAUCGGGACGGGUAUCGGGAUGGCCCACGCCGAGAUAUGGAUCGAUACGGGGGCAGGGAUCGCUAUGAUGACCGAGGCAGCAGAGACUAUGACAGAGGCUAUGAUUCCAGGAUAGGCAGCGGCAGAAGAGCAUUUGGUAGUGGGUACCGUAGGGAUGAUGACUACAGAGGAGGCGGCGACCGCUAUGAAGACAGAUAUGACAGGCGAGAUGAUCGGUCAUGGAGCUCCAGAGAUGAUUACUCUCGGGAUGAUUAUAGGCGUGAUGAUAGAGGUCCCCCCCAAAGACCCAAACUGAAUCUAAAGCCUCGGAGUACUCCUAAGGAAGAUGAUUCCUCUGCUAGCACCUCCCAGUCCAGUCGAGCAGCCUCAAUCUUUGGAGGGGCAAAGCCUGUUGAUACAGCUGCUAGAGAACGAGAAGUAGAAGAGCGGCUACAGAAGGAGCAGGAGAAGCUGCAGCGCCAGCUGGAUGAGCCAAAACUGGAACGACGGCCUCGGGAGAGACACCCCAGCUGGCGAAGUGAAGAAACUCAGGAACGGGAACGGUCGAGGACAGGAAGUGAGUCAUCACAGACCGGGGCCUCGGCCACAUCUGGCAGAAGUAAGUCAGACCAGGAUGCACGAAGAAGAGAGAGUGAGAAGUCUCUAGAAAAUGAAACACUCAGUAAGGAGGAAGACUGUCACUCUCCAACUUCUAAGCCUCCCAAACCUGAACAGCCCCUAAAGGUAAUGCCAGCCCCUCCACCAAAGGAGAAUGCUUGGGUGAAGCGAAGUUCUAACCCUCCUGCUCGGUCUCAGAGCUCAGACACAGAGCAGCACUCCCCUUCAAGUGGAGGGGGGAAAGCAGUUCCGGCUCAACCAUCCGAGGAAGGACCAGCAAGGAAAGCAGAUGAAAAUAAAGUAGAUGGAGUGAGUGUCCCAAAAAGCCAAAGUGGGAACUCCAGCCGUGGUCCAGGAGACGGAGGGAGCAAAGACCAUUGGAAGGAGUCAGAUAGGAAAGAUAGCAAAAAGGAUCAAGACUCCCGAUCUGCACCUGAGCCAAAGAAACCUGAAGAAAACCCAGCCUCCAAGUUCAGUUCUGCAAGCAAGUAUGCUGCUCUCUCCGUUGAUGGUGAAGAUGAAAAUGAGGGAGAAGAUUACACCGAAUAGACCUCUGCAUCCUGUGCUUUCUUCUAGUCUCUCUCCACCCUGGAACAUUCAAGAGCAAAUCAAACCUUUAUCCAGACAAGACAAAAUAAAACUCACCAUCUCCUGGAGAUAUUUCUUAACUUUUUUUAAAAAAAACAAAACAAAAACAAAAUGAAAUUCUUUUGCAUGCUGCUGCAGCCUUUAAAGUAUUGACCUAACUGGAGAACCGCUGAUUUAGCCGGAGAGAGUACAGCUUUUAAUGGAAAAGUGUGUUUUUAUGACACAUGCAGUUGCCUGUGUGAUUAGUGCCUGGGGGCCUCUGUUUAGAGAAAUGGCAGUGACAGGGAUGCAGUGUCUGGAAGCUGGUUGAGCAGUAGAGCAGGUAUAGGGAAGGGUGUGAGAUUUCUACUUUUAAUUCUUAUCCUAUUGUGGCAUAUAUGAAUUCUCAAACAUCUGAGUAAAUUUUCCUCGGAAAGGUAGGUUUAGUCUUUGAAGUUGUUUUAGUCUCCGGGAGGCUGCCAGCCCCUCUUAUUUAAUUGAGUUACUGGGGCCAGCCUAGGGGAAGUUCCUUCAUUUUUACCCCCCAGGGGGGUAGUCGGGAGUGAAUCUACAGGCCACUAAAGAACAGAACUGCUUGAUGACCAAAAUAAGUGGGGAAAUCAUGAUUUGAAAAGAGGCUUUGGGGAGGUGAUGAAUUAUUUUGCACCACUAAUAGGGGGAAAAUGGUAUGAUCUCCAGUAAACACAGGAAUGGUUACUUCCUGGAGCAGGAAGCACUUAGGGGUCAUGGGAAUUCCCAAGUCUUUUAUGUGUCCUGGUUUUGCUGUCCUUUCUAAAGUUCAGAUAUAUCCAGAUUGUUGAAAUCUUAAAGCUUUUUAGAUCUUGUCAUCCUCUCAUGUUCCUCAUGCUCCUUUCCUGUUCCCUUCCCAAAAGCAGCUUCUAUUUAAGUCACACAACGUGAUCUAGGCAUCCUAUGUCCGCACCCAGGAGCUGAAUCAAAUGAGGGAUCACUGCUUUUCUCUAGCAAAUCCUGGCUCAUUCAUGUCCUUUUGACUCUCACUCCUUCGCUCCACCCAUUCCUGUUCCUACCGCUUUGACCCCUACACCUCAGAAAACUAGAAUUAAUGGUCUCAGGUGAUGGGGGGGUAGAUAAAUUGGGAACCUUUCUUACAACCUUGAUUGGGGUUUUCAUUUUUGUUUUCGUCUUUUUUUAAGUUUCUGUAUUGCCACUGAAAUCCCACACCAACCUUUGGAUUUAUAAUGUGGUCUAGGCCAGUGUGUGGUGUUCUGUUUGGUUUAGCUUCCCUUGAGAGAAUAAAUGAUAAUGGAGAGAACUAUUUUACAAGGUCCUGGUUUCUCUUGCAACAUAGCUUAACUUGGCCUGCUUUUAUGUGCACCUUUGUGCUGUCAGCCCAGUAGGUGGUGGCGGUAACACUGGCACCUGCAGAGAGGUGGUGGCAAGCCCCUCUCCCAUCGGUCCUAGGUUAGAGGUCACCAGCCAUGCGAGGGGAUUGGUUUUAUGAGUGCUGUAGCAGGGGACAGAAUGAAUCAUCUACCCAGUGGACAUAAAAGACCAAGUUAAGUGACUUUAAAUAAUUGGCUUAGAUUGACUAGUUAGCUAGAAGUGGCUUUUAGAGAAAUCCCCAAGGCUAAAAGGGGUUUUUGUAAACCAGUUGCUGUAGACGAUGAAAUGGUAGGGUUUGCCCUCUUCAUGUCUACUCUUUCCAAACAGUUGUGUCCAAAAAAGAUUUUUUUCCCUACUCCCCUUCUCCCCCACCCCUUAAAACAGAAACCAAUUUAUGUCCCACUCCUCAAUAUAUGUAAAAUUUGUACAAAAAUAUCUUCUAUGAAAAUGAUUUGUAAUCUGUAGACUUGAUACUUGGGAGAUGUCUUGAUGUAAAAUCCCAUCCUUUGGGUUGUGGGUUUUUUGUUUUCUCCAAAUAAAUCUGAUCUUUAAAGUUCA